AUGUCAACGACAAGUUCGACUUCAGCACGUCCAGUAACCGAAAGUACGAAAGGAGAUAAGAAGAAAACUUUAUGUGGCGCAUGUGAAGCAGAGUUAGAACCUGACCAUGGUGGCAUUCAGUGUGUACAAGGACAUAAUUUCUGUACAGAUUGUUCGAAACAGAUUGUUAGUUUAUUUUUUUCUGAUCCACAAAUUUAUUUACCAUUACGUUGUGUUCUAUGCCAUGUUGAGUUAAAUCCUAGCGUGUUUGAAAGGCAAUUGACGCCUGGACAAGUUGACUUUUAUCAGCAACAUAUGUUGGUAUUAGUUUGGGCAAAAGAAUUAGUCGGCGAAGGCGAACGUUUGGAUAAUUGUCCAUUUUGUAGUUUUGCUGUCAUACGUAGUAUAGAUGAUUCAACUAUUUUCAAUUGUGAACGUCCCGACUGUCGUAAAUCAUCAUGUUUAAUAUGUCGAAAAGUUUGUCCAAGAUUUCGUAAUAAUUUUGCUACUGAAGCUCAACAAAUGGAAAUGAUAAAACAUUUCACAUGUGAAUCAUUGGCAUAUGAGAAAUCUUUGUUUGAUCAAGCUGUUGAACGAGGGCAAAAAGUUCCAUGUCCAAAAUGUGGCCUGUCUGGUAUGAAAGAUGAUGCUUGUACGCAUAUGACCUGUCCCACAUGUGCUGAAGUUUGGUGUUACUUUUGCGGACUAGGAAUUGAACUAUGUGAUAAAUCAGUCGAUGGAACAAAUAGUAUAUUUGAUCAUAAUUAUAAAUGGGAUACAAAUCCAAAACGUUGUCCAAUGUAUUUUACACAAAUCCAAGAUGUUGAUCGACGAUGGGCUGAUAAUGAAAUAGAUUGUUUAAAUAGAUUUCAUCGAAUUCGUUCGUUGCGUUUAUUACGUGAAGUAUUUGAACAACUUGGGUCAGAACGUAUUCAAGCCCUAAAUAAUCAUUUUCAUUCGCUCGAUGCAUGUGGUUUUACCGUAGAUGAAAUAACCAAUGAAGAUUUAACAUUAAUUCAAAGACGAACUCAACGUCAAAGACGUCCUCCACCGGAAUAA